ACAGAUCUAAAAGAAGAAGAAGAAGACUGGACGACGCACAGCGACAUGAGAAACUGGGGGAAAACUAGCUUACGGGCUAGCUAGCUAGCUACGUGCCUCCGGUUUAAUUUUUAGGUCAUUUAUUCCAUUUGAGAAAAUUCUGGAAUUAAGUGGCCAUUUUUGCCACUGGAACCAGACCCUUACUAGCCUGAUAAGAGCGGCGAAAGUGCUAAAUUUGCGAACGUCAGCCAAAGUUAGAAAAUGUAUAAGUCUCUGUACGCGUUCCGAUCGCCAGAGCCAAACUCUCUCCACUUCGCUGCCGGAGAAAGCUUCCUAAUCCUGGAGCGGAGUAAUCAACACUGGUGGCUCGGAUCGCGCUGCAGCUCGGGGGAAACCGGAUACAUACCGUCAUCUUAUAUCGAGAGAAUCCAGGCCCCUGAGCAGGAUGAGGUUCUGCAGUCCAUCGACAGGGCCAUCGAGGGCAUCCACAACACAGCCAUGAAAAACGGAGGCAAAUACAACCUGGAGCAAAGAGAAGUGCUGCAGAAGCUAAUCCACCACAGGAAAGAGACCCUCUCCCGUCGAAGCCCAACUCCAGCCAGUCACAAACAGAAGAUGCCGUCGUCCAGCAGUGACCUCUCACUGUGCCACACCCCUCAACCCCCCAAUGGACUGAGCCGUGGGUAUGGGCGCCAGGCCAGCGAGCCGAAAUCAGAGACCACAGAGCCAGAAGAACAGGGCCUCUACCAGGUGCCCCUCCAGCCACGCCGUGCGGCCCCCAUUACUCCUCCACCCCCAGAGAAACGCAGGGGCACCCGGCCCAAAGAGCCAGAGGGUUCCAAUAGUAUUUCCCCAGAUGGCCCUGGGCGUGGCGCUCCUCCCAGUACUGCGCCCUCGCCCUCAGUCAGCUCUGCCUCCCUGGACUCUGGCUCCUCCCACUCGGCGGUGUCCUCAGACGUCAGCCUGCCCAGUGUUGCCAGCAGCCCUCCCCCGAUUCCCAACCGUGCCAAGGCCCCGCCUCCCCCUGCUCCUGUCCCUGCCCCUACUCCUGCCACUGCUCUUGCCCCUUCCCCUUCCCUUGCCCCUGCCCUCCCCUCUGAGUCCCCCCAGCCUCCGGCCCAACCAGCCAUCCCUAAAAAGGGCCCCGCCCCUCAGCCCCAACAGCCAACACCCUUGGAGGACCACUCAGAGUCCGCAGGUUCUUCCUUGGCUCCACCCGCUGCUCCUGCCAGCCCCUCCAGCAGCCCCACCCAUUCUGCAGUUGUUCCCGUGUCUACAGGGGUGGAGCUGAUUGAGCUGGUCCGUAAAAACACCAAUCUCAGUUACGAGCUGUCGCGUGUGGCGGUCGGUGUGGUCGUAGGUCAUCUGCAGACCGCUCUUCCGCAGGCAGCUUCUGCUCUGGAACAAGUUCUCCUCUCAUUGGUGCAGAGCAAGGACCUGAGAGCGGCUCUGCCUCAGGGGCAGGUUUGCCACGACGAGCAGAGGCUGGAAGUGAUCUUCGGGGACCUGGCCCGGCACCGCGAGGACGCGCAGCAGCGCAGCUGGGCCCUGUACGAGGACCACGCCCUCAUCGCCUGCUACCUGGAGGAGCUGCUGCAGAUCCUGACGGAUGCUGACCCAGAGGUGUGUAAGCGGAAGUGCAGGGCCAACCAAUCAGAGCCUGUGCUGUCACUCGUUUCUUACUACCAGAUGGAGCACAGAGUGUCUUUGCGGCUGCUGCUGCUCAAGGUCUUUGGGGCGAUGUGCAGUCUGGACUCCGCCCUCAUCUCCACCCUCCUUAAUUCCAUACUGCCCAUGGAGCUCGCUCGCGACAUUCAAACUGACACCCAGGAGCAUCAGAAGCUGUGCUACUCUGUGUUAGUCCUAUCUAUGAUCUUCUCCAUGGGGGAGCAGGUGCCAUACCACCACUACGAGCAGCUGAACAGCUCGUUUGUUCUGUUCCUAUUGGAGGUGAUUGAGAACGGCCUCCCCUCUGACUCCACUGAGCAGCUUCCUGACCUCUGUAUUAACCUGCUCUUGGCAUUCAACCUGCACCUGAAAGCUCCAGACACUAAUGUCAUCAUGCAAACACUUAUUAGCAAAGGAAAUGUGAAGAUUUUGUCAGAGAAGAUCUUACUACUGCUGAACAGAGGAGAUGAUCCAGUUUAAUGGAUGAAAAUAUCACUGAUGUGCGAAGGUAAAGAUUCUUUUUUUGUCUUCCUUCCUUCCUGUGUAAUUUGCCUUACUGUUUGUCAGUUUCAGCGGCAGUUGUAUGGAUUUUAGACUAAAUGGCGUUUGAUUCCUUUUUUUUUUUUUAAGACAGAUGGAAUGUGUUUUAAAAAACUGCAGGUAUGAUGGGUCUUUGAAGCAGUGUUCAACAGACUUAAUUUUAUAUUUUUGUAUUUCUGUCUUAUUUAAAUGAGAGAAGUGUAGUAUGAGGAUAGGUUUGAAUGGACAUAACUACCUCAGCACUGAUCACACCUACUAGAAAUACUCUACAUCGCCAGCAUCAAGCAGUGUAAUUGUUUGAGCCCCCCCCCCCCCAGCUCUAUGCUAAGAUAUUUCCAAGGGGCACAUAUUCUUCUAAGCUGAAACAUUUAGGAGUCCACUCGUGCAUCCCAAUUAGUAGAUGUGCUUCUUGGUAAUUAGUAUUUUUCCAGUUAACAAACAUUCAUUUGGAGGCGCAAAUGGUUCUAAAGUAGGAGCUCUGUAGAGCCCUGUUGAGGGUGAAUUCUGUUAUACAAUGCAUUUGGGGAACAGUAGACACUAAAAAAGGGAAUAAUGCUACAUACAUGGUACUAUUACACUACAAUCAAUGUAGCAUGUCAGUUUUGUACUUUGAAUAUUGUAAAUUCUAGACGACUGUUGUUAUGAAUUUCUGUACAGUGAAAGGUGAAUGAACACUAAGGUCUUGGGUUCUUUUGCGGACCAUCUGUGUUUUUUCAACUUUUGUCAUUCCUCUGCCCCUUAGCGAUUGUGUGUGUGAUGUAGCAAAGCAAAUACUUUGAACUUUGAAACUGGGCGAAACCAUUUCCUUACAGAUGUUGUGACCAUGGUAGAAAGAGGUCAGUUAGCUGUCAGAAUUAAUUACAAAUGUUGGACUACCAAUACAAGAAACAAUAUGUAAAAUGUCCUUUGACUCUAUUUGAAGCUGUUCAUGUUUGCAAAGGGUUUUUUUAAUGAGAACUAACACUUGUGCCCUUUGCUAAUUGCACAAAAAAUGGAAACCACUUCCUUGUUACAUAUCACAUUAGAAUUGUAAUGUGACCAGAGAGAAUGUCUCCUCUUUUACUCGUUUUUUAAAUACUAAAACAAGCUUAUACUUGUAUUUUUUUUGUAUUUUAACUAUGUAUGCUGUAUCAGACCAUCAGUAAAAUAAUUCAUGUUUUGAUUUUUA